AUGGCUGUAAUGCGAUUUACGACCGGUCUGGCACUACUAGUCGGCCUCGGCGCGCGCAUUCUGUACAACAAGUUCUUCGUCGGGCGCAUGGUCCCCGGCAUUGAGGAUCACGUACUCGGAGGGCUGUGGCAGGGCGUCGCGCUGUACUACUUCAUCAUGGAGCAACCUGGUCUCUCCUUCGGCGUGGGCUUCGGCAUGGCGGCUCGUAUACUCGUCAACUUUGUGCUAUAUCGCGACGCCAUGCAAGCUGCGUGCACUAUGCUGGGAAGUGCCGUUGGAGUAUUUCUGACGGACUUGCUCUCCCAAGUCAUCGAGGACGGAGAGGAGGAGGGAGCACCAGGCGGAUACGAUGGCAGCGAGACGGACGUGAGCACGCGACCCAGGAGGCUGGUCCAGCUACGUAGCGACUCUGUGGUCGAGAAACGUCACAAAUAUGCCGCGCGCCGCCGACGCGAGUUCUUGUCAAGCAACCUGCCCGCGCCGAGCACUACUACGGCUGCUACCACCGAAGCCACCGAGACUACGCAAUCCCUCGAAAGUCUGGCCGACUGGAUUGAUCCAAAUCACAGACUCUCCCCGCUUGAACGCGAAGUCGCCGCACUGCGACGUAAAGCGACCAUGGCCGACUCAGAGAGGAGACGUUUCAAGGAGGAGAAGAAGUGGGCGCAGGAGCAGGGCAAUUCCGCGAGGGCAAACCAGAUGGGAUGGCAGGUCAAGCGAUAUGCGGCGCUCAUGCAGAGCUUUCAUCGUGAGGCCGACCUGCGCUUACUCGAAGCGACGAACAAGCGACACCGCGACGAAGUGAAGGAUCUGCGCACGGCCAUGUCGCAGAUCGGCGGUCCCACGUCCGGCGCGCCUGCCCUUCAACAACAUGCGAUAUCCCUCCCCGUCCCUCUACCUCGCCAACCAAGUCCCGCUCCUCUCCCCACUCCUGCGCCCACUGGACCACCCGGCCGUCAAGUCGUGGCCAAACCCUCUGCUAUACCCCGAUCAAGCCGCCACAAACAUGAACCCAGUGGAUCUGGUGCAAGACCCCGCCGAUCAUCGCUGGUUAAUCGUGACCGUGAUCGAACAACCGACACGGCCGUGAUCAUACCCGCAGGUCCGCCGCUUCCCGCUGGCUCGGCGCAUACGCGCAAUAAGUCAAUGAGCGUAUUGAGCCGUCCUAGCGUUAGGAUUGAGGUGCACGAGACUGUAGCGCCGUCAUCCAAAUCUAAGGGCAAACAACGCGCUACAUAA